ACAAAGGUAGACACACCAAAGUUUUCCACAUUUAGUUCAUCGUGGGUUGAACCUUUUUGGGUUAAGAUUCGUUUGUUUGUUGGGAUAUUUAAUUGAGUGAUCGGAGUGAUGGGUAACAAUUGAAGUCUAAAGCUAAAGCUUGUGUAGGUAUUUUAUAGCGAAUAGAUGGGGAAGGACUCGAAGCCAAAGGACGCGGGUGGUAAAGGGAAGGGGAAGGCAAAACAAGGAGGUUCCGGAGCCGAUGAAAGCGCUUCCAAAGGAAAGGGAAAAUCCGGAAAAGCUGCUGCCGAUGGCCUCGGAACUUGUACUUAUGUUAAAGCAAGGCAUAUACUGUCCGAGAAGCAGGGAAAAAUCAAUGAAGCGUAUAAGAAGUUGCAGGACGGUUGGCUUAGCAAUGGAGACAAAGUUCCACCAGCUGAGUUUGCUAAGUUAGCAGCUGAAUACUCAGAGUGCCCUUCAGGGAAGAAAGGUGGGGACCUUGGAUGGUUUCCGCGUGGAAAGAUGGCUGGCCCUUUUCAAGAGGUUGCAUUCGCCACACAAGUUGGAGCAACCAGUGCACCAUUCAAGUCAACGCAUGGGUACCAUAUUAUCUUGUGUGAAGGAAGAAAGAAUUAGGAGAUCUUGCAUUCAAGCAAAUCCUAAAUUUGGGUAUGCAUUGACGAUAAUAAUUUCCAGUACACAACUUUUUUCUUUUUAAGAGCUCUACCAAAAUACUCGUUCACUAUAUUGUGAUUAUUGUUCUUUUUAGAGCCAUGGAGUGAAGAAUAGCAAUGCCCAUACAUCUUCGUGUGUCUAUAGUUGGGUUUGGUGAUCUGUUUUACUAAUAUUUAGUAAUAAUGGAACUAUGCGUUGAUUUUUUAUGUA